UUAAGUGCAGGGUCAGAUCUUCCGGUCGUCGGAAUGUUUAGUUUGUCCAAUACAGGUAGGGGAUUAGGGUAAAUUUACUGACUCAUAUGUUUCAAAAAUAGUCUUCGUCAUCAGGAGGACGGUCCAAGCGCAGGGCAGUUGCUGUAUCUCUCACUGCCGAGACAAGGACCCGUCGGAUGGACACCGGAUUUGAAAUGUACCCAACACUGCAUUUGUUAAUAUUUCAUCCUUUUAACACAUUUCCAGUUGCUGCAGCCAGAUGAUGUUAGAUGCGUAGAGGUCGAAAGGUGAGAGUGCUGAGUAAGAUGGCAGAGGGGCAGGAGAACAGCUGUGUCAAUGGAGACCUGUUCCGGAUGGAUGAACGCCCAGAGCAUGGCAUGAAAAUUCUACAGGGCUUAAACAAACUCAAGACAGACCAUGUGCUCUGUGAUGUGACCCUGAUAGCCGAAGGAAACUGCUUUGCCUCUCAUCGUGUGAUCCUUGCCUCCUGCUCAGACUACUUUCGCUCCAUGUUCACCAGUGGCAUGCGCGAAAGCAACCAAAAGGAGAUUGAACUGAAGGGCAUAACUGCCAAGGGCCUGGAGAAGACGCUAGAGGUUAUCUAUACAUCCACCACCACCUUGGAAGGAGACGAUAUCUUUGAUGUCAUCGCUGCUGCAACACAUCUUCAGGUCACACCUGUGAUUGAAUUUUGUGAGCGCAACUUCCUGAGUGGGAUGACAACAUCAAACUUCUAUGACUUCAUCAACACAGCAAAGCUGUACAGCAUGAACAACGCCCUGAAGCAGAUAGACGUGUUCAUUGCAAAGAACCUUAUGCAAAUUGCAAAGGAAGGUACCCUGCACUUGCUGACCUACGAUCAGAUGUGGAACUGUCUGAAUAGUGAGAAGCUGUGCCUGAGGGAGAUUGACAUUUUUCACAUCACUUGGGAGUGGCUGCGGCAGGACCCCAACAUGACAGACCAUGCGCCAGCUCUCAUGCGCCUCAUUCGCUUCCCACUCAUCAGCCCAGCUGAUCUCGUGCAUCAUGUCCAGAGAGUGGACAUGAUGAUGUCCAAUCCUGAGCUUCGGCAGAUGGUUCUUGCUGCACUGAACUACCAUGUAGUUCCCCAUUCUCAGCCCCUUGUUUCUACCCCCAACACCCGUCUCCGCUCAUACGUGACUCGUCUUGUCAGUGUGGGUGGGAGAGAGAUACACCCAUACCCUUGCCUCCAUGACGAGAUUCUGGUCUUUGAUGCCAAGAUCACCUCCAACAGUCUGCUAAACAGACAGGAAAUAGCAGCUCUGCCAUCUGCCCUCAGCCACAUGCAAGUGUUGGUGUUCAACAAUUUCCUUUAUGUUCUGGGUGGCUGCACUACUCAGUGCGCCCAUGGAGAGUCAGCUGUCAACUCAGUCUUGCGCUAUGACCCACGCUUUGAUAGUUGGUUCCAGGUGUGCCCCAUGCUGAACAAGAGAGCUUAUUUCUUUGCUGGGGCUCUUAGUCAGAAGAUCUAUGCUGUGGGUGGAAAAUUCAAGGAUGGAAGCUUGGCAACAGCAGAAUGCUAUGAUCCUGCUACUAACUCAUGGGAGCUGAUUGCAUCGAUGCCCAUGAGCUACCAUGCCCACGCUGGAGCUGUGUAUGGAAACUUCAUCUACAUCUCAGGGGGUUACAGUGGCAAUCACUUCACACCCGACAUGCAGCGGUACGAUCCAGUAACCAAUCAAUGGGAGGAUAUGGCUGCUAUGCUAACACCAAGGGGCUGGCAUGUGAUGUGUGCCACGCAUGAUAAACUCUUUGUGUUUGGAGGCUGCAACCUCAACGUGAAUCAGCAGGCACAGCCAGAGAUGCAGUCAGAAUGCUACGACCCUGCCACAGACCAGUGGACCAUCAUCGCGCCACUGUCGGUCUCACACAAAGAAGCCUCGUGCGUGGUGUAUAAUGACAACAUCUAUGUCCUUGGUGGCUACAAUGUGCAGACCAAAACUGGCCAGAAGCUUGUCUCAAAGUAUGACAUUUACACUGGAAUCUGGGAAACAGUUGGUGCACUGCCGCGUAGUCUGACUGGGGUUGGCUACUGCACUUUUAAGCUUCCUUGCUACAACCCAGAUGAGAAAGAUUGAUCUUGGCUUUGGGUCAGGGAAUGAAACAUCGCUGCAGAGUAGUAGUCUCAAAGUUGCUUGUGCUCCUUUAAUCCCUGUGUGAUCCACAUCCUCUUCAGUGGUAUGAUCACAUCUGCUGGUCAGAGCCAGGCAGGGGAGAGCACCCACUGGUUAGGGGAGGCGGCAUCUUUGCCUGAUUUAUUUCUUGUGCAGAAUCAUUUCCUUGUGGUCAGGACCUGAAUGGGGCAUAGCUACAGCACAAUGUUAGACACUCAGUUAUUUCCCCAUAUUUGUGUCAAAGGAUGCAUCCCAGUGCUGCUGAAGGUGAGUGAGGGAAAUCUGUGAAUUUUUGCUUGUGGACAUUCUCAAACAUAGGGCUGCUUUUACUGCCAUGUGGUAAGGAUUGAACGACGCCUCUCAGCUUGUAGUUGGUAAGGGAAAGGUGCCCUCCUUUUAAUUUUUGAAAAAAGAGGUUGCAGUACUUCUCUUCCCAGCUCACCUUCCCCACUCAAAAGAAAGACAUGUAUGUUAUACUUGCUGUGGUAAUUUUACUUCAUCUUAUUUAACAAGGAAACUCAUAGUAGUGGCUACCUCUUUGGUAGUUUAUAAAAUAGAUUAUACACUGGCAAUAAUGCUCUGGUUCAUGUAGUGUUUAGUUGUACCAGUAGCUCCCUAUUCUCUUUCUCUGAUACGGUUGUGAUGCUUAAAAUGUCAAGCAGCUUGGCCUUACAGGGAAUGAAAAGUGAACUUGUAUAUUUAAAACAUUACUAGAAUUGGACAAAGUAGCAGAUACCUUUUUCCCCCACUCUUUGAAAACUAAAGGGUAAUCAUUUUUAAACAUACAUGCAAAGCUAGCACAAGGCUUAUCUAUUGAUACUUAGAUGUUAGUGUGAGAGUGCUGCACAAAAGAAAGGCAGAAGAUGUAUAAUGACAUUCAGAUAGCAGUAAGCCCUUUGUUCCCUCCAACUGAGCUGAAAUAGCUAUGUAUGAGGAUGGAUCAUGUACCAUAAAAUGCUUCAGACUCUUAUAAGCAAAUUAUCUGUACCAUUUUUUUUAAAACAGGUCAUAUAUACAUUUCCCAUACUUUCAUUAACAUCAAAACAGAGACCAAAUUGGCAUCUAACAUUGCACAGAACCUACACAAGACAUAGGGUGUGUGUUUAUUUCUGUGCAAAAUGAAUUGCUGAUUUGUGUGUUGAAAUUCAGGCAUCAGCAUUUGUGCAAACAUACAUUUGCAGCGUCAUUCUGCUUUCAGUGUGACUUCUUAAGCACUUGUGUAAUUUUUCUUUUCCAUUUCCGUCUCUCUCCUUUUGUCUCUGUCUUGUCAGAUUGUUACUUGUUAUGGGAAAAUGUCAAGGCGUCUUUCUGUUUUUACAAGUAGACAUUUUAAGAUUUUUUUAAGCACUUAGACCGCUCUCACUCAAUAAAGAUAUUGAUUGGAGUGUCUCCA